AUGGGAAAGCGGAGUCGUUACGUCGAGGGCGAUCUGUGGACUAGGAUAGGGCAAGAGCUAAAUGAUGGGGCCAUGUUUCCAGACUCAUCCUCUAACAAAGAGGAUGAUGAAGAAGUUGCAUCUGACACACAGGUUGGGUACAAGGCAAGCGCACUCGCUCUCCGUCUCUCGCCGCAGACUCCUUCUAUAGAAUCGUACUACCCCACCAAGCAGCAUUUUCGCAUAUUGUGGCCAAUAUACCUGUCCAACAUCCGCCCCGUCACAAUGAUCUUGCACGCGCCCUCUGAGGGCGAGAAACUGACGAAAGCCGUUGAGGGUCACGGAAACACGUCGAGAAUUGCAGUCACUGAUGUUCGCAAUUUUGAUGUGUGCCCUCACGUCUGUCACGGAUGCUGA